AUGGCACCAACACGCGACCGCGAUGCUGGAAAGGCAUCCAAAGAACCCCGGACCGAUUCCACAAAGAAGCGCAAGGGUUUCAGCGUAGGCCCGGCCAAUCUCCCCGAUGGCACCUAUCGGCGCAAGACUCAAAAAAUUAAAUCCGACCUAAUUCAAAAGGCCAAAGUGAAAAAAGCUUACGCUAAGAUCAAAGCACAAGAACUCGCCGCCGGCACACCAAAGUCCGUUUACGCUCUUGCCGACGAGGAGAAAGAUACACAACCUCAGGACACUGCAGAGCCUGCAUCGACAGAACUUCACCCUGCUCGUUUGGCGAUGUUGAACGAGCCGGAGCCGGAACCAGAGCGUGCGCCGAGGCCAGAACGCCGCCCACGGAAGGAAGGUGGACAGAGGGAGCGAAAGCCGAAACGGUCGGCGUUUGCUAAGGAGAUGGAGAUUGCGGAACAGCGGAGGAAGGCCUUUGAGGCUCGACAGAAGGAGAUUGAGGCCAAGCAGAAGGAACGGGAGGCGAUGAAUCGUGCUAAGCGACCGGAUCAGUUUGGCAAACGGAGGUUGGGAAGGGAAAGCAAUGCGUUGCUGAGUCGGGUGCAACGAAUGGUUGGGCAGUCUUAA